UCUUUGGAGUCAUUGCCGGCCCUCCUCUUCCUCUUCCUCUUCUUCCUCGCUCUUCCCUCUUCGUUGUUAUCAUCCCUUCCUUCCCCCUUCCCCUCAUAUUUCCCGAACCUCCCCCCCCUUCAUUUCCUCUCAUUGGAUCCCUGCCCCUCCCCUUCUCCAGUUUGGUGACAUGUCGGCGACAGGUACUUAUAGGGGAACCACCAGCCACAAGACUGUCGGUCGAGGCAGGCUGCCCGACUUCGAGAACAGUCCGCAAUCCCACAUCCCUCGUCCUCGCCCGGACAGUUCUUCCACAAUUCAAACACCCCAUACCCCCUCCAGCGAUAUUGGAAGUUCCACCAUGAGUGCCGCCAGUAGCCGGCAGCGACAGAACCAGUCGAAGCGCGAUGAGGUAUGCCAUCUUUCCUGCUUGUUUGUCUCUGCCCAACCUCGGAUACCUUCUUUUACCGCCAGUUCGUUUUGACUUUUUGAGUUUUUUUCUGGCUCGCACUUUUGUCCCUUUGGAUUUGUGCCAUUUUCUGGUUUAUUUUUCUCCCCUUGAAAAUUGUUUUGUUUCCAAUUCGAUUUUCUAUGCAAUUUUUCAAUCCCCUCUGUUGUUCAUGCCUCCGUGACAAAUAACCAUGUGAUUCAAAGCAUUGGAACCACCUGGAUCGACUCUAAUGCAUUGUACCAGGCGAUUCGUCGAAAGUUGGAGGCCGACCUCAACAAAAAGAGGCACAAUCCCGCCCGUGCCAAUCGCUCUCGAAAGGCCCCUCCCGGUACCGUGCUUGCCUUGAAACCCAGCCAGGCCCUUCAGAUCAAGCCCAACACCACCAUCGCCGAAGCCGCUCAGUUGAUGGCCGCAAAGCGGGAGGAUUGCGUGCUGGUGACCGACGAUGAUGAUCGAAUUGCCGGUAUCUUCACCGCGAAGGAUCUCGCUUUUCGCGUGGUCGGAACCGGACAGAAGGCGCGAGAAAUCACGGUGGCCGAGAUUAUGACGAAGAACCCAUUGUGCGCCAGGACGGAUACCAGUGCCACGGAUGCCCUCGACCUGAUGGUGAGGAAAGGAUUCAGACAUUUGCCGGUCAUGGACGAGAACCAGGAUAUUUCGGGUGUCCUUGAUAUCACCAAGUGCUUCUACGAUGCGAUGGAGAAAUUGGAGCGCGCCUACAGCUCGUCUCGGAAGCUCUACGACGCGCUGGAAGGUGUGCAGACGGAACUCGGCUCCAGCCAGCCCCAGCAGAUCAUUCAGUACGUGGAAGCGCUGCGGUCGAAAAUGUCCGGGCCUACUCUGGAGACGGUCCUGGACGGCAUGCCCCCGACCACCGUCUCGGUCCGUACCACCGUUAAGGAUGCUGCGGCCCUGAUGAAAGAGCAUCACACCACUGCCCUGCUGGUGCAAGACCAGGGAUCCAUCACCGGUAUCUUCACCAGUAAAGAUAUCGUGCUCCGUGUCAUUGCGCCCGGCAUGGACCCCGCUACCUGCAGCGUCGUUCGGGUGAUGACGCCGCACCCUGACUUUGCUCCCAGCGACAUGAGCAUCCAGGCUGCGCUCCGCAAGAUGCACGAUGGCCACUACUUGAACCUGCCCGUUAUGAAUGAGGGCGGAGAAAUCGUGGGAAUGGUGGAUGUGCUGAAGCUCACCUACGCUACCCUGGAACAGAUCAACUCGAUGUCAACUCAGGAUGAUGAAGGCCCUGCCUGGAACAAGUUCUGGCUGUCCAUGGACCAUGAGUCGGACUCGAUGGUUUCGGGCAGCCAACAGCAAACUCAUAACCGGUCAGUGAUGAGCCCUGAGUCUCCCAAACGUGGUUAUGACACCAGAGACAGCGUGCUCCCGAACGAGUCCGCCUCCCACCACGGGGGAGAUGAGCACUCAGAGUUUAUCGACCAUCAUCAUUCUGAGCUUGCCCCGUUCCCCUUCAAGUUCAAGGCACCCAGCGGUCGUGUGCACCGGGUCAACGUUCUCCAGACAGCCGGCGUUGCUGAUCUGAUCUCUCAAGUCUCCGCCAAACUAGGCCAAGAGGUCGAAGCGGUCGGAGGCGCGGCCAUUUGCGAGGACGGCAGGUUGAGCGACACAGGAUAUGCUUUGAGCUACUUGGACAACGAGGGUGACACCGUUUCGAUCACUACCGAUCAAGAUCUUGCCGACGCCGUGACCCUUGCACGACAAUCGCGCCGGGACAAAGUUGAUCUCUUCGUUCACGAUCCUACGCAACCCCCGAUCCCUGUUACUGUGGAGCCGCAGCCAACGCCUGCCAAGCCCGUGGAAGAGAAGAUCACUCCCAUCUCUGAAGAGCUACCAAGCGAGGAGCCCAUCGAGACGAAGCCACGGUCUCAGAGCUUCCAGUCGCAUCACCACCAGGAGGAGCAGUUGAUUGCCGGCGUUCCCAACGACCUGCUCCUGCCCGGCGCGAUUGUGACAUUGGCGGCCGUGAUCGCAGGUGUGUUUGUGCUCAGUCGGGCCACUUCUCGGUAAAUGAGAAGUUCCAGGGUCGAGGAUGGUGGAGGACAGGAAAUAUUGUAAAACUUUUUUAUCUUUUCCCUCGUGCUUUGUUCAUGUUGGUUGGCCUUUUCUCGAUCCCUUCAGCAUUUUCUUCACUCUGUCAUUGUUAUGUCUUCUCUGUACCCCUCGUAGCGUUUUUUCAUCCCAAUUCCCUUUGAUCGAAAACUUCCUGGUUUUAAUAUUUUCUCUUAGAGAGUUAGAGUAUUAGGAUACCUGAUUGUAUGCAUACUAGCAGACAUCCAUAUAUACACAUACAU